UGACGAACGUCGUGUAAAAGCAGAGAGACCGAGCUCAGACCUGAAAAACCCAAACAAGCACAGAAAGAGAGAGAGCAGCACAGUUAACGAGCAGACUUCUUCACCGACAUGUUUGUCUCGAUGGAUCUAAGACUAUAAAAACGCGUGGCCUUUGUACAAAUCCUAAACGAGAGUCCUGAAAUGGAGUGACAUAUUUACCGCACAAAUCCACGAGUGGACUUCAACGUCGUGCGAUCGUUCACCUGUCGCCUCACCUACUUGUUCGACUGAUGUGCAGCUGUUACCGGCGGUGUCUGACCUGCACACAUCAUCCUCACCACGGAUCAACACGUUCAUCAAGUGACUGCUGAUAUGGCUCGUGCAGAGACCAUCGAGAGUGCCGGGGAAACAGGAGGAGGAGGAGGAAAUGGCCCACUUCCACGCCACAUCUGCCAUAUGGAGCUCCCACGCUCCCCCCACACCUGGUCUGGCCUACUCACCACCACCACCACCUCCACUGAUUCUGGGGCAAUACAUCUCCGCCACCACCAUCCUCUACAUCCUUUGCAGCCACUCCAUCUGUUGUAUGCGCUUCCUGAUGAACCGCAGACUCACCAGCAGUUUCCUGCACUAUUGCCACCACUAGCAUCUCCUCCAGUGCUGCUGUGCAACCAGAGCGAGGACAGGGAUGGAAGAGCAGUACAACCCAGUGCCUUCUCAGGAGAAGAGUCAGACUCAGACAUAGAGGAGCACCAGGAAGCUUCUAGCCAGCCUCUGCCUGACCUGCUGCCCCAGAAUGAGCACUUAUCUUGGGUCUCCCCACACCACAGAGCUCCAAGGAGAGAGGCUGUGCAGGAGCUGGAUGUCAGGAGAGUAGCCACCCAGCUGAGGACCAUUGGAGAUCAAUUCAAUGCCACAGUUCUCCACAGACCGCAUGUUGCCCCCUAUUGGCAGGACUGGAGGGAUGCCUGCCGAGGACUCCUCAACCUUAUCACCCAGACACUGAGCACUCUUUACAGGCUUACGUAGAGAAAAAUCCCAAGUGGUUGCUGCACUGUUGUGCUUUUGAACCUGGAGGACUGACAUGGCAAGAAAUCAGACUUUUCUUGGACAAAUAAUUUUGAGAGAAUGAGCUAAUGGCAUUGCUGCAACCUGUGAACUGAAACAGGAUGCUACCUGUGGAUACUGGACCAUGUCUGUCAGUCAGUCUGCUGGUACAGACUGCAGCUGAUGGACAAAAGGCGGUCUCUUUUCUACGUGUAUAUUUUGUAAAAUGAAUUUGCUUUCACUGUCUUGUCAGCAUCUCGGGGGUCAGCGCUUUAUUUAUCAGCUGUGACGUAAGUAUGUGUGAGUGAGUUGGUGAGUGUGUGUGUGCACGUGUAGCAGAUCUGGGUCAAUGGCAGUUAUACUGCAAAACCACAGCAAAACCUUUUUAGCCAUUGUGGUAACCUCAGAGGGCUGAAUUUGUAAAUGACCUGGUUCUGAGAUUCAAGUCUUUAUUAGUCAUUUACAUUUAAUAUUACUGUCAGCAACCAUUUGUCUGGAGGAUGUGUCAAAUUUGCCCAAACAGACGAUUUUUCCUCAGUUCUUCCCUCUGGUAACUCUGGUAAUUAUCGCAACAUAAACGUCUGAUUUCACCCAUUAAAGAACUGUCACAGAUGUGAUUUGACCCUCAUGUGGGGUGUACUCAUCCCUCAUCUCUUUAUUUUGCUUCUCCUGCCCCCUGUCUUAUAAACUGUGAAAGUCGAUUCUGUUGUUGGAUAGCAGGGUAAUGUUGGAUGAUAUUCCAUUGAGGAGCCAAGCAGAGUCAACUCUCCCAAUCUGAAACUAUUUAAUUUCAUCAUACAAUGUAUGUGCCUUAGCACUCUGUUGAAGCCUAAUGUAACACCAGGACAAUCAACUACACACAGACAGACACACACACACACACACAUACAUACACACACACACACAGUUGCCACUGUACUUUCCCCCUCACCAUUCAUUCUGUCUGUGUUGGGAGCUGUCAGGGUUUCACUCAUUCUGUUGACAGUGUUUAUAGUUGCUUGACUGAUGUAAAUAUUCUUUCAGGUGAUUAAUCCAAAUAAAAUGAUUUUUUUUUAUGAACUUUAAAAUAGUACUUAUCUAAGGGAGAGUGUGCUGUGUAUGUUGAGAGAACUUGUUGUAUUCUUUAAUGGCCAUUGGAGACAGUAGAGUGAGUCUGAAUCUAAAUCCAGUGGAUUUGAAAUAGUAUUCCAUGAGUUAAGAGAAAUAUAUGAUUUGAAUCUUUGGAUUGUUAAAAAGUAUUUGAUAAUGUUUGUAAAAUGCCCCCUUCGGUUGUACGAUUAUUUUCUUUGUUUGGGAGAAAAUGUUAAUUACUCAAAAGAGAAUAAUUUAUUUUGGAAAGUAGCAUAUGUGUAGCUUGGGGGGUGUAUCCUUGAAAGAGUUUGGUUUUUCAUUUUUUUUAUGUAAUGUAUUAUUUAUUUUUUCUUACAUUCCUGAUUAUAACUAUGAAUUAAGCUGUACUUUCGUUGUAACUGUUAAAACAGAGAUGGGUGUUAAAGCUAAACCUUCAUUUCAAAUGUUUUCAAAGUGUCUCAAAAACAACAACAACAAAAUUGGCUCAGUCCUUCAAAGGUACUAUCAGCAUGACAGAAUGACAAAAAAUGGAUGCUAAUGUAUUGUUGUUCAUUGUGUGUAUAUGUGAAACUCUGCCUUUAUACUCUGUAAAGCACAAAGAUAAAAAUCGGGUGUCAGACUGUUGGCAAUAAAAACUGUUUGUUUAAUAGCUCAAACAGAGUGAAGUGAAAACUCAACCAGGUAUUUAUAAUUUAAAUUUAAAUCCACAUCUGUGUAGGUGUGUGUCAAUUCAGGCAGUAGUAUGACUGGUGCUGCAUAUGCUAAUAACAAAAUAUAUACUGUGAUGUACCUCGAUUUAGAGUGCCCAUGUUUUUUUUACCUGUCCAACUUUAAAUGCCUCAAAAAUUCAACAGGGAAUUGAUUGAUCUUUGGUAAAGUUUUGUCACGUUUUAUUUUGCCAUAUUCAAGACCACCAACCACUCUGACUUGGCCGUAGCUACAAUAUGUUGUAUAAAGUCACACGGACGUCACAGCUUGCAGAGAUCACGAUCAGGACAUACAAAGAUCGAACAAUGCCAGCACGGUAGACCAUGUUUAAAUAUUGUGUAUUCAUAUUUGUAAAACAUUUGCUAGCUGUGAUUUUAGCAAUAUGUGCAGUCAUCACAUAGUACUGCUAACAGGUUUUAUAAAAAUAAGUCAUUUGAUACUACACCUGUAAGUUCUGAACCCAAUAAGCCUGCAGGUGACGUUUGCUCCUGUCCUGGUUGUUUUUCUUUGAGAGUACACUUCCUCAUUCACCUCCCUCCCUCUAGCAGUACUCAGUGUCAGUCACAUGCAGUGUGUAUUUGCUGUUUUUCAACUUUUUUUCUAUUGUUGACUUUGUACAUGAAUUUUGUACUUUUUUUCUUUUUUAUACAAUAAAGAUAAGGAGACUUAA